CGUCGUGUGUGCGCGGAUACUCGACUCGCCCACAGUCCACACGGGGCCACGCUCCCUCCGUCGUGCUGCAAAAAUCUCACUUAUCAAAGAUUCAGCUGUAAAUCGACAUUCGGCCACAAUCCAAAUGGCUAAAUAAUUGAUUAUGCGUGCCGCCCCAAGCAGCAUGCCUCCCCUACGUCAAAACAGCAACGUCAGCCGCAGAAUUAGCCAGAAAAUCGCUACUUCAUAGCAUCGGUCCGAAAACGUGUUCACUCGACCUCCCUACCCCGCAAUUAUCGUGCUUCUUCCGAAAGGCUUCCGUAGUAAAUCCACAUUUUCCCUGGCCAGGCAAUCCUUUUUGGGGGCUAAGACAACGGCUAAGACAACGGCUAAGAGAUUCGCAUCGCACCGUAUCGCGUCGCAGAAACGUGUACACGCGUCGUCCAAUGGCAAAACUGGUGUUGGCGGCACUUUAGAGAAUCAGUUGGAAGCGAAACCACCGAACGCCACACGCUUAACCGGAAGGAGGCAUGGACACCGCUGCUGCCGCCGCCGCCGCCGUUGUCGUUGACCUUAGCUCCGAGGGCAGCGGCAAAUCAAAGCUCCUGAGCAGCCCCAUCCCCAGCCCCGGUACCACCGGGCCCAGCAUCCCACAUCCCAGCUCCACAUUGAAGCCCAAGCCAGUGACGAGCUACACUCUAGCCGUGGCACCUUCCGCAGCUGCAUGCAGCGAUCAGGAUCAGGUGGGCAGCACCGUGGAGUCCGUAGCGGACACGCCACCGCCAACGCCGCCUUCCAGCACGGACCGCAUCGGUGUGCAACGGUGUCCGGGCAACGAUGUUAUUGGGACUGGGGCUGGGGCUGCUCCUGAGCCCGUCGAUGCCGCUGAUGCCCAUCCAAUGCCUUUGAACGGAGGCCUCAUGUGCAAGGAGGCAAUCGCAGUGGCCGCCUCGGAGCAUGGUCAAUCCGGCCCAAUAUCAACGUCUUCCGCUAAAGCUUCCACAACGCCAAUGUCUGCCUUGCUAACACCAGCUGCAGCUGCACCUGCAACGGUAACCAUAUCCACGGAACAACCAUCUGCAGUAGCGCCUGGCGGGGCAGCUCCAGGAACUCCAGCAACAACCACCACAACGACGACCACAAGUAUAAGCCAUGCUCCACCGGUGGGUGCCGCACCGUCAUCAUCUUCCUCAUCAUCGCUGAACAGCGUCUCCAAUUCCCGUUCGCGUUCCAGUUCGAGCUCCGUGCCGAGCACGGGUCCGCUGUUGCAGUGGCAGGACAUGCCCCAGUAUUUGCAGUUCAAUCCGUAUGUGCUCCGUGGCUACCGUCCCCUGCAAACCUUCAAGGGCUGCCUGCUGAGCCUCUUCUACUGGCACAACGAGACCAUCAACAUACUGACACACGCCAUACCCAUCAUCUAUAUACUGGCCAUUGUGCCCGGUCUGAUGCCCUGGGACAGUGGCUACAAGUUUCUGUCGUUCUGCCACGUCUUCGGAUCGGUGGCACCCUGGUGCGGCAGCUUCGUCUACCAUCUGUUCAUGAACAUCGAGAAGGGCGAGAAUGUGUACUAUACACUGCUCAAGCUGGACAUGGUCGGGAUCUGGGUGAGCCAGAGCUUCGGUGCCUUGCCCCUGGUGACGGCCACAACGCUGUGCUUCACGCCCGUCCUCAAGUGGCUAAUCAUCAGCUCCUAUUGCCUGCUCUCGCUGUGGGGCCUCUACAAGGCUCUGACCGCCAGUUCGCCCUGGCAGCGUCGCCUCUGUUUUGCUCUGCCCUUUGGCAUGCGCUCCAUUCUGACCUUUCUGCGGAUCCGGGGAAUGGUCGGCGGCAGUCACAUGGCCCUCUCCCAUGUCUAUCUGCAGGUUGAAGUUGACGGUGUCUCCAUUCUGGGCGGGGCCAUUGGCGCCAUGCGUAUACCGGAGAAGUGGUUCCCCGGCGUGGUCGACUUCUAUCUGAAUUCACACAACAUCAUGCACGUGCUGGUCGUGGUGGCUGUCUACUCCAUGCAUAAGGCCACCAUCAAGGACUUUGAGUGGAUGUCCACGCAGACAUGCAAUAGCUUUGCCAAUGUCACCGAGCAGGCGAUCGCCCAUGGGGAACUAUGACCCGUUUACUGGCUGCUGCUGCUACUGCUGCUGCUGCUGCCGUUGCCAUGGAUGCUGUUGGCCAGGCCGCGGUCCAGGCGAUCCCAUGCGAUUCACGCCGUGAUGGCCCUGGCCUGGAGGAGGAGACGGGCACCGAUCGGAGCCGGGUGAAACCGCUCACUAGAUAGAUGACGCAUACUCGUACAUAGGACAUAAAGACAUAACAUAAGACAAAAGCGCUACUUGAGUAUAUACCGUGUAUAAUGUUGCAGUAACAAUAUACAUAUGUAUAUCUAGUUAUAGGCCAUACAUAUACAUAUACAUAUAUAUAUAUGAACUGUAUAGUACAUAUAGUACAUACUUCGACUGUGGUAUUAAGCAUUAAGGUUAUAUAAAUUACUGAAAUGAAAGGAAAUGAGAAGCUGAUUGAAAAGAACUCGAAUGUGCGAAAGUUUCGUGAGAUAAGCCGAUCGUCGACGGAUGAUGAUGGGUAGUAAUAUAUUGUAUGAGUAAUAAUGAUUUGAAUGAUGUUGAUACAUGUGUACCUCAUUGUGCUUACGACAAAAACAUCUAAUUUUCAAAUAUUGUAUGUAUAACUUUGUACCUCGUCGAGAAUUCUUACAAUAAGGACACACACCUAUAAGCUAACCUUCUUCCUAGUUGAUCUUUUUAGAUAUGCAAAUUGUUAAUUUUUGGCAAACGUAACGUGGUAGUAGUGGUAGUCUCUAUAAGGACUCUCUAUUAAUUAAUGCUCCAAUCUGUGCAUAGUUGUGAAAUGGAACCAAACAAAACAAAACAGAACUGGAACCACGACAAAGUUGUUGCUGUUGUGUGCCAGUACCUAUGAGUAAUUAGAUGAAGAGGAUUCCAGGAGUCGAGAUAUCGAGGAGUCAGAUGUCGAGUAUUCCAUGUUGGACAAGCGUGAAAGUGAAACAAUGAAAACAAACAAUCUUCUGGCUAAAUCGCUGCUGCAACGAAUCACGUACAUACAUACGUAGUGAAUGCUAAACAUAAAGUAAGAGUACUUAAACUUAAUACGAUAUUGAGUUGAUAUCAUUUAUGUCAAUUGAUUGCGCAAUAUUAACCUCAAGUAUUUACUGAGCUCCCCGAAUAUACUUAAUAUAUUUAAUAUGAAUUAGUAAAAUUGCAAUAUUUAUUACCCUAGAACCUUAGGCGUGAAUUAGGGAAGGUAUUCUUACAACCAACCAAACAACCAACCAAACAAACAAACAAAAAAUUAAACAAAAAAACAUACUAGAUACGAUAGCAAACCAUUCAAAAAAGUCGGUCUACUUUUAAUCCAAAAUGCGAAGCAAAGCGAACAAUUAUGAGUAACAUGUUUUAGUAGUGUCAAUAAUUUACACCACCCUCCAAUGAGAGAGAGAGAGAACCGAGCAAAUCUAACAAAUGAAACGUAAGCUAACAAACCAAACUAAUUCAACAAAGCAAUAAUUAAUAAUUAAUAGGCAAACUCAAUGCUUUUAAGUUACAAAAGUUGCUACUAGUUUUAAGUAACAAUUAUAAAAAUAUUGUCAAAUGAUUUUCUGAGAAGAGAAGGUUAACAAGUGAAAAUAAUAAACGAUGAAAAAACAAA